CAGGGUUUCCGUCACAACAAUGUGCUUCACGGCAAUCAUUUCCGAAAGGACUGGCAGGAGCGAGUCCGUACCUGGUUCGAUCAGGCAGGCCGCAAGCACUCUCGCCGUGCCGCGAGAAAGGAAAAGGCGGCAAAGACUGCACCUCGACCGCUCCAGCUCCUCCGACCUGCAGUGAGAUGCACCACCGUCAGAUACAACAUGCGCAUCCGUCAGGGCCGUGGCUUCUCGCUCGAGGAGCUCAAGACUGCUGGCGUAAACCGCAAGGAAGCGCUUUCGAUCGGCAUCCCUGUCGACCACCGUCGCCGCAACCGAUCUGAAGAGAGCCUGAAGCGCAAUGUCGAGAGACUCACUGCCUACAAGGAGCGACUCAUCGUUCUGCCUCGCAAGCACUCUGGCAAGAAGGCAAAGAAGGUCGAGAAGCCAUCUAUCGUAUGUUUCUCGAGGGAAGCACGCGCGAUCUUGCGUCGAUCCUACCUCUGCCAUCCGGCAUUACCUCAGAGGAGCCACGAGCCAUCACCAGCGAGGAGAAGGAAUUCGAUGCUUACAAGACCCUUCGCAAUGCUCGCGCUUCCCAGCGCUUCGCAGGCAAGAUCGCAGCUCGUGCAGCAAAGAAGGCAGAGGAGGACGCGGCCAAGAAGAAAUAGUCGCCUUGCGACUGGCUCGAUCUACGCUCACCCUGUCACUCUUGUACCAUGCAAAGCUGGCGCUCGGCAGAGAGCGCAAGCGCACUCACAACAAGACUUGGACCGACAACGACGCCCUCGAUAUUAA